AUGGCUACCUCCGCGGAGUUCCUCGUACGAGAUGCCGGGACCGUGGACGGCGACGACCAGUUCGUGGUCGCAGCCUUCGACGCAGCCAUCCCGUAUUUAACGUCGAUCGGAAGUCAUGAGCAGUGGGGGACGACACCCUUUUCGCACCGCGAAGGCUGGGUGGACGAAACUGUACAGCAGAUAAAAGAUUCCAAGAGUGCUACCCCCCAGAGCGACGCAAAUAAGAACGGCGUGUUACGGAUCUUCAUCGUCGAGAAAGAGUGCCACGCAGACGAUCCAGAGAGGGUCGAUACUCACCCGGCGCAUUAUCGAGUCUCGUCCGACCGUCGAAGAUACCUCUCCCUUGGCUUUGCGUUCGUGCGGGAAAACUGGAUCCCGGGCUAUAUUGAGUCGCAGAAACAUCUCCAGGUACCGGACUCAGAACGGGAGAGCAACAUUUAUCUCGAAGUGAUGGUUACGGAUUCUCGGGUCGGUUCGUUGCGCCGUGGAGCGGGAAGUGCUUUGAUCCAGGGGAUUCGAGACUAUGGCCACCAGACGCAGAAGAAGGCUUUCUGGUUGGAUGGAUGGGCGGGGAAUGAUAAGAAGCUCAUUCGUUACUAUGAGCAACAAGGCUUCCAGGUGGUCGGGGACUUUAGUCUGCCAAGAGCCAAUACGGCGCCAUGGGUAGGAACGCUGAUGCGGAUGGAUAUUUGA